AUGCGGCUGCUGCCGGCGGCGCUGGCCCUGCUCCUGCUCCUGAGCUGCUCGGUGCCGGGGGGUGGUCUGUCUCUGGAGAGCCUGCUGACCAACAUGAGGUGCAAGUGCAUCAAAUCCACCGCCCACGUCAUCAACCUGGGGCUGAUCCUCACCAUCGACGUUACCCCGCCGGGCAUUCACUGCCGGAGGAAGGAGGUCAUCCUCACCCUGAAGAAGAACAGGCGGGUGUGCGUGGCCCCCGAGUCGCCCUGGAUCCAGCUGCUCAUCCACAAGCUGAUGCAGAGGUAUGUGAUGCCUGACACCUUGGCAGGAGCAUCCCUUCCCCCUGACCCUCCCCAGAUUCCUUUCUUUCCUCCCACAAAAUCUGCAGGAACGGCACCAAAAAAGCGUUGCCUCGGCCGCGGCGGGACGCACCGUGCUGCCGGACCCCUUGGAGACCCCCCACCUUCCCACUGUCCCGAUCCACGGAAUCCAGGGUCACCAAUUCCUCGUGAGACAGCAGUGACACAGCCCCCCUGCCCUGAGACACGCUGGGUUUAGUGGCACAACGCUGGCACUUCCUCUGCUCCCUGGGUUUUGGCAGGGCCUUUCCCUGUUUUCCCGCUGUUUCCCUCUGUUUUGGGUGCCUGGGCUGUUCCCAGGCACCACCAAUAAAAGGAUGAAUGUGCUUCCCCC